UGAAUUUAUUUUUGGCUUAAUGGAUUAUCAAUAUGGGCCAUAUGGGUUUAUUAUGUGGAUCCAGUCCAAUAUGCCAACGAAUAUUUCUUUUCCAGUUUCCCCCUACAUUCUGCCCCCCGUUUUUGAAUUUCGAAAAUAGAGCCGUUACAUUUUUUGGGACAAAAGAACCUGGUUAACAGUUAUAUAUAAUUGAUCUAAUAAUCCAAACAACGCUCCUCACUGAAAAUUGGGGCAUUUUUCUCAAAGUUUAGGGUUUAUUUUUCUGAAAUCAAAAAAUUCAUCAUCUGAUCUGGUAAGAGAGGGAAAUUUUUAAAAAAAUGGAAGCAACUGGUGGAGGAGAGAAGAUAGCAUUGUCCGCCAUGGAUGCAUUUGAGAAGCUUGAGAAGGUCGGAGAAGGUACUUAUGGCAAAGUUUAUCGAGCCAGAGAGAAAGCUACUGGUAAAAUUGUCGCUCUUAAGAAAACUCGUCUUCAUGAAGAUGAUGAAGGUGUUCCUCCCACUACUCUUCGCGAAGUUUCUUUGCUUCGUAUGCUUUCUCGCGAUCCUCAUGUUGUCAGGUUGUUGGAUGUGAAACAAGGGCAAAACAAAGAGGGUAAGACUGUUCUGUACCUGGUGUUCGAGUACAUGGACACUGAUCUUAAGAAAUACAUCCGUAGCUUCCGUAAUACCGGGGAUACCGUGCCUCCUCCGAUUAUCAAGAGUCUAAUGUACCAACUGUGUAAAGGUGUUGCUUUCUGCCAUGGUCACGGAGUCAUUCACAGGGAUCUUAAGCCACACAAUCUGUUGAUGGACCGUAAAACUACAACCCUCAAGAUAGCUGAUCUCGGUCUUGCUCGAGCAUUUGUCAUUCCCAUCAAGAAGUACACCCAUGAGAUCUUGACAUUGUGGUACCGAGCUCCUGAGGUUCUCCUGGGUGCUACACACUACUCUUGUGGUGUUGACAUGUGGUCUGUUGGUUGUAUAUUCGCUGAGCUUGUGAACAAUCAAGCUCUCUUCUGUGGAGACUCUGAGCUGCAGCAACUCCUUCACAUUUUCAGGUUGUUGGGUACCCCAAAUGAGCAAAUAUGGCCAGGAGUGACCAAAUUGAAGGAUUGGCACGAAUACCCUCAAUGGAACCGCAAAGACAUUUCAUCGGCUGUCCCUGGAUUGGACAAAGAUGGACUCGACCUGCUAUCUAAAAUGCUGAUCUAUGAGCCAUCCAAGAGGAUCUCAGCCAAGAAAGCUAUGGAACACCCUUACUUUGAUGAUCUGGACAAGACCCAUCUGUAGGAGCAUAUGAUUCUCGGUUUUCUGUUGGCUGCUUUAGCUGCUCCCUCCUACUGAGACAGUCUUAGAUUGCUUCUCUCAAGCAUCAUUACUUGCAACUAGCUCUAGUACUAAACGGGUUUGAUUUUAAAACCUUGUAGAACAUCUUUGUUUAUCUGUAUUAGGUCAAUUCCUGCACUAAGAAUUCAUUUGACUGCUAUAUAGCAGGAUAUUCCGUACAUGCUCUUGCUUCCCGAUAAACAAAUUCAUUGAUCAAUGUUUUAUUAGGUUUA